UUCGCCGCGCGGUCACACCACACGCGGACCACCCAUCGUCUGUCUCGCCGGCUCGCCGCCUCCUAAACCCCCCGCCGCCCCACGCCUCUCCUCGCCCCCCACCCCCGCCUCUCCCGUCCGCCCAGGCGCCAUGUCGGUGACGCUGCACACGAACCUGGGCGACAUCAAGUGCGAGGUGUUCUGCGACCAGGUGCCCCGCACGGCGGAGAACUUCCUGGCGCUCUGCGCCAGCGGCUACUACGACGGCACCGUCUUCCACCGCAACAUCAAGGGCUUCAUGAUCCAGGGCGGCGACCCCACCGGCACCGGCAAGGGCGGCACCUCCAUCUGGGGCACCAAGUUCGCCGACGAGUUCAGGGAGUCCCUCAAGCACAACGCGAGGGGGAUCAUGUCGAUGGCCAACAGCGGGCCCAACACCAACGGCAGCCAGUUCUUCAUCACCUACGCCAAGCAGCCGCACCUCAACGGCCACUACACCAUCUUCGCCAAGGUCAUCCACGGCUUCGAGGUCCUCGACCUCAUGGAGAAGGCGCAGACCGGCCCAGGGGACAGGCCGCUCGCCGAGAUCAGGCUCAACCGCGUCACCAUCCACGCAAACCCACUCGCCGGCUGAUCCACCACCACGGCCUGGAACUCAUCCUGCAUCUUAGCUGCAGCUAGUCCUGCGGUUAUAGUAUGCCUGAAUCUUCUGUUACUGCAAGCACAUCCUAUGGCAAUGGCGGAUAAUGCGUAGCAAUUUCUUGCCCACCCUGAACUGUGAAGUGUGAUGUGGACUGUAAUUUCACAGGACGAAUCAGCAAAAUCUGUAGCGCCUAAUGCUGAUGAUGUUAUGACCUGUAACUUUGAGAGUUUUGGUUCUCCCCUGACAUGAUUAUUGGUUGGUAGCCGUUUAUGUUUGCAUUGGCUCGACUCCGCAAAAACUGGCUCUCGUAUUAUGCUGUUUGAGGAAAUCAAAUAUUGUGCUUCUAGGACA